GAGGACCGCUAGGGACCUUCGGUUUGUGGAGUCGGUCGUCAGAAUGUCCUUUCCUAAGGCGCCCCUGAAGCGAUUCAAUGACCCUUCUGGUUGUGCACCAUCUCCAGGUGCUUAUGAUGUUACAACCUCAGAAGUAUUGAAAGGACCGGUAUCCUUUCAGAAAUCACAAAGAUUUAAAAAACAGAAAGAAUCUCAACAAAAUCUUAAUGUUGACAAAGAUGUUACCUUGCCUGCUUCAGCAAGAAAAGUUAAGACUUUGGGAUUAAAGAAGGAGUCUCAAAAGAAUGAUAAAGACUUGAAGAUACUAGAAAAAGAGAUUCGUGUUCUUGUGCAGGAACGUGGUGCUCUGGAUAAGCGGAUCCAGGAUCUGGAAGCUGAAUUAGAGAAGACGGAGGCCAAGCUAAAUGCUGCAGUCAGGGAGAAAACCUCUCUCUCUGCAAGUAAUGCUUCACUAGAAAAACAGCUUAUUGAAUUAACCAGGACUAAUGAGCUACUAAAAUCAAAGUUUUCUGAAGAUGGUAACCAGAAGACUAUGAGAAUUCUAAGCCUUGAAUUAAUGAAACUUAGAAACAAGAGAGAAACAAAGAUAAGGGGUAUGAUGGCUAAACAGGAAGGCAUGGAGGUGAAGCUGCAGGUCACUCAGAAGAAUCUUGAGGAGUCUCAGGAGAAAAUAGCACAACUGGAGGGAAAACUUGUUUCAAUAGAGAAGGACAAGAUUGAUGAAAAAUCUGAAACAGAAAAACUCUUAGAAUACAUCGAAGAAAUUAGUUGUGCAUCAGAUCAAGUAGAAAAAUACAAGCUAGAUGUUGCCCAGUUAGAAGAAAAUUUGAAAGAGAAGAAUCAUGAAGUUUUCAGCCUUAAGCAAUCGCUUGAGGAAAAUGUUGCUAUACUUUCUAAACAAGUUGAAGACCUGAACACUAAGUGUCGGCUGCUUGAAAAAGAAAAAGAAGACCUCAUCAACAGGAGUAGAAAACAAGAUGAAAUUCUGAAUUCUGAAGUGCAGAACUUAAAGGAGGAACUUAUUCUUGAAAAGGAAGAACAUGAAAAGUUACGACAAAAAGAAUUGCAAAUUGAUUCACUUCUGCAACAAGAGAAGGAAUUGUCCUCCAGUCUUCAACAGAAGCUAGGUUCUUUUCAAGAGGAAAUGAUGAAAGAGAGAAAUCUCUUUGAGGAAGAAUUAAAGCAAACACUGGAAGAGCUAGAUAAAUUACAGCAAAAAGAAGAACAAGCUGAGAGACUGGUCACACAACUGGAAGAGGAAACAAAAUCUAGAGCUGAAGAACUGAAACUCCUAGAAGAAAAGCUGAAAGGGAAAGAAGCUGAACUAGAGAAAAGUAAUGCUGCUCACGCUCAAGCCACCCUGCUUUUACAGGAAACGUAUCAGAGUACAGUGCAAAACCUUGGAGAUGUUACUGCUCAAUUUGAAAGUUAUAAAGCAGUAACAGCUAGUAAGAUAGAGGAUCUUAAGCUGGAAAACUCAGCACUUCAGGAAAGAGUGGCCAGUGCCGAGAAAAGUGCAGAGGACGUUCAACAUCAGAUAUUGGCCACUGAGAGUGCAAAUCAAGAAUAUGCAAGGAUGCUUCUAGAUCUGCAGACCAAAUCAGCACUUAAAGAAGCAGAAAUUAAAGAACUCACAGUCUCUUCUCUUAAAACAAUAACUGAUUUGCAGAACCAACUCAAGCAACAAGGUGAAGAGUUUAGGAAACAAGUAGAAGACGAAGAGGCAAGAAAACCUGGAGAAGAAAACACAGUGGCAGAAGUAACUGAGGAAAUGAAUAAGUGGCGUCUCCUUUAUGAAGAGCUGUAUAAUAAAACAAAACCUUUCCAGCUGCAACUGGACGCUUUUGAAGCAGAGAAACAGGCUUUGUUGAAUGAACAUGGUGCAGCUCAGGAACAGCUUAAUAAACUAAGAGAUUCGUAUGCUAAAUUACUGGGUCAUCAAAAUCUAAAGCAAAAAAUCAAGCACGUUGUGAAACUGAAAGAUGAAAAUAGCCAACUCAAAUCGGAGGUAUCAAAACUCCGCUCCCAGCUUGCUAAAAAAAAACAAAGUGAGACAAAACUUCAGGAGGAAUUGAAUAAAGUUCUGGGUAUCAAACACUUUGAUCCUUCAAAGGCUUUACUUCAUGAAAGUAAAGAAAAUUUUGCUCUCAAAACCCCAUUGAAAGAAGGCAAUACAAACUGCUGUUGAGCUCCUAUGGAGUUUCAGGAAUGAUGCAAGUAAACAUCUGAAAAACCUGUUAAAGAUUAUUUCAUUCUUACUAUUUUUAUUAUUAUUAUUGCUGUUGUUCCUGUUACUAUUGUGUUUGUAAUGAGUAUUUUUAAUGUAUUUAAUAUUAACUUCCUAUCUUUAUGUAUGUGAAUGGAAGUUCAACAUUUUUAUCAAUAUGACUUCUGACAUUUUUUUCUAUUGUCUGUAUCUCCUCCUUGAUGCUUAGCUUUAUUGCCUCAUUUUAAACCUUUUCACUGGCUUUCCAUCUUUACAACUUAUCCCACCAAAUCAACAUUCCUUUAAAAAUCACUCAAAUUGUUAUUCCCCUACUCUGAAACAAACAUUAUUUGGUUUCAAGAUUCAAAUCCGUAGGUUUUUUGGUGUGAUGCUGGAGGCCUUUUCUAAUCUGAGCUUCUUAAACUAGGCGAAAACACCUGUUCCUACCUCUGCUUUGAUUGUCUAAUAAGGUUCAUUCUGUCAUACC